UCUGAAGAGCAGUGUUUUACUGAUUCAUGAAUUUUUGAAUGAGAAAUAAUUGAUUUUCUCUAAUAAUGGGUGCCAUACAUAAAUUAAGAAGAUUAAUUUAAUCAUCGAAAUCACAAAUGGCCGGGGAGUCGUUUAUAAAAGCGAGCAAGCAAUCGAAAUAUUUGUCGUAUAGAAAAAUCUUGUUUCAUAGGUUUUUCGUUGGCCUACUCUUGUUUAUAGUGUUGUCUUUAGUGUUUAUUGUGGUGUUUAAUGCUUUUUCUACUAGUGCUCCUCGGACAGACUUCCACGAGCCAGUAAGCUUGGAGAGUGAGAGUGUGGAAGUGAUAAAAGUGUCAAAUGAGUGGUCGGUGGCGCAGGGCCGUUUCCCGAAUUGCACCUAUUGGGAGUGUUUCGACGUGUAUAGGUGUGGGAGAGGCGGCCACGAUAAGAUAACGAUUUAUAUUUACCCUUUGAAGGAUUAUCGGUCCGAGGAGGGGGUUCAUGUAUCGCGGUUGUCUAAGGAGUUUUACGUGAUCCUUGAUACUAUAAGACGGAGUCGGUACUACACUGCCGAUCCUGAAGAAGCGUGCCUGCUAGUCCCCAGUAUUGACACCCUCAACCAACAGACUUUCUCCACCAAACAUGUCUCUAAAGUUCUGGGCUCACUCAAACACUGGAACAAUGGAGAGAACCAUCUUAUAUUCAAUAUGCUGCCCGGUUCAGCUCCGAACUAUAACACCGUUGUUGAUCUCAACACCGGAAAAGCCAUUAUAGCCGGAGCUGGUUUCGACACGUGGUCCUUCCGAUAUGGCUUCGACAUAUCCAUGCCUCUUUACAGCCCACUCGCAGCCAGUAUAGACAAUAGACAACACGAUCAAAAGAAUUUUCUUAUAAUAUCCAGCCAACUGAAUAUCCCGCAUGACUAUUUAGCCCAAUUACAAAACAUUGCAUCGUCAUCCAACGAUUUACUACUUUUAGACAAAUGUAAGACUGAAGACGGGACAGUUCAUCACUUGAAACGUUGUGAAUACACUACGGGGAGAAUAUUUAACUAUCCAGAUGUUUUGAAGGAGGGAAUGUUCUGCGUAGUUGUACGAAGCAAGAGGCUUAUUCAAGCUGUGUUGAUGGAUGCAAUAGCAUCUCAAUGCAUUCCAGUGAUCAUUGCUGACUCCGUAGUGAUGCCGUUCAGUUCCCACAUUGACUGGCAGCGAAUUGCGUUAUUUGUACCUGAGAAUAAUAUUAAAAAUUUAGUGAAAAUUGUGCAUUCGGUUAGUAGUGAGAGACGGGGUGAGUUAUACUGGCAAUUGCGUUGGGUGUAUGAGAAGUAUUUUGAGAGUAUUGAGAAGAUAACACUUACUGCCUUAGAGAUAUUGAAUGAGAAAGUGUUCCCGUUAGCAGGGAGGACGUAUGAAGACUGGAAUAUGCCUGUACAUUUGUACGGCCCAACGAACCCCCUAUUCUUACCUGUGACGGCGUCCAAAGCGACAGGCUUCACCGCCGUGAUACUGACGUACGACCGCGUGGACAGCCUGUUCACCCUGGUCAGCAAGCUGGUGCGCACGCCCAGCCUCGUCAAGAUCCUCGUCGUCUGGAACAACCAGAGGAAACCGCCGCCCCAUGCAUCAGAAUGGCCGGUGAUCAACAAGCCGUUGAAAGUGAUCCGCACGAAGCAGAACAAGCUGUCCAACCGGUUCUUCCCCUACGACGAGAUCGAGACGGAGUGCCAGCUGACCAUCGACGACGACAUCGUCAUGCUGACCCCGGAUGAACUGGAGUUCGGGUUCGACGUAUGGCGUGAGUUCCCGGACCGUAUAGUGGGAUUCCCGUCUCGGCUGCAUGUGUGGGAUAACACCACCCACUCGUGGCGCUACCACAGCGAGUGGACCAACCAGAUCUCCAUGGUGUUAACCGGCGCAGCGUUCCACCACAAGAUAUGGUCGUGGUAUUACACGUACAAGAUGCCGCGCGACAUAUAUCGCUGGGUGGACGACAACUUCAACUGUGAAGAUAUCGCCAUGAACUUCCUCGUCGCCAAUAUUACUCGGAAGCCACCUAUUAAGGUAACCCCAAGAAAGAAAUUCAAAUGUCCCGAGUGCACGAACACAGAAAUGCUGUCAGCAGACGCGGGCCAUAUGUCCCAGCGUUCAGCAUGCAUUGACCGCUUCGCAAGCAUCUACGGACAUAUGGCGCUCAAAUCCGUAGAGUUCCGUGCUGACCCACUACAGUAUAAGGAAGGUAAUUCCGGAGUUCCACACUUGUAUCCUGACAUAGGGGCCUUGUAACACCAGAUUAAACUAUGUGGAAAAAGUUCGAAUAGCUAUUGCUGCUCAUUUAUGUACAUGUACGGACAUGUGGCGCUAAAAUCCGUCGAGUUCCGUGGUGACCACUACAGUAUAAAGAAGGUGACUCCUGAGUUCCACAACACACCACAGUGGGUUAUUAUGUUAUAGGAGCCUUGUAACAGCAGAUUAAAUUAUGUGGAAAUCGUAUGAGAAAAUCGGGAAUAUCUAGGAAUAAAUUGAAAUACGUAGGCAUUUGUUGCUCUAUUAUAGUACAUGUACGGAUAUAAACGGCAGUCAAUUCCGUCGAGUUCCGCGCUGACCCCCUAAAGUAUAAAGAAGAACUCCGGAAUUCCGUAUUUGUAAAGAACAAGUUAUGAUUAAUAAAUUAUGCGUUAGAGGCAGCUGAGUUAUUUAUAGACGAAGGAUGGAAUGUUGUAGUCAUGUUGUAAAAGGCUUUUGGUAAAAGUCGAAUGUUCUAGAAUGUAAAAGUCAAAUUGCACUAGGAUGUAAAAGAAUGUAGGAGGUAUGGACAAUAACAUAUUGAAUGAAGGCUGUACAAGUAUGGGAUUUCGUCCCCAAAACCAGGGUAUGUAGUAUUUAAUGCGAAUCGUAUGCUGCGUGUAUUUGUUCUCCAAUAUUACGUGUUAUUUUUUUAAAAUGUAUUUUUUUAUGUAUAGUUGGGGGAACUCAGAUUAACAAGCCAAUUUUUAUUGACAUUACCAUGAGAUUUUAAACUUGCCUCUCCGUGCCAUGAAUUUAUAGGACAUGAAUUACUAAUUUAGUUAUACCCACUUAUCACCCUAACUAUACAUGUAGGUACUGUUGAAGCCAAAAUGCUUUUUAAGUAUGUUGGUUUGUUUAUAUUUUGAUUGAAUGUAAGAACAUUUUUUUUUUAAUUAUAGUGGAUAUUUGUGUUGUGAGCUUAUAGGAUGCCUUUAAAUGUUAUUUUUUAAUGUGAAGUCAAUUUUAUACUGCGAUUUUGCCCCAUACUCCUUUUGAUUCUAUCGAGCUUCUACCAAUAAGCACUCUCUUUUCCGAUUUUUGACAAUUUUGAAGUUUUAAGUUUCUCCCGCUUUGAGACCUCAAACAUACAUAUCUAUUUUAUACCCUGAGUAUAUCGUAGCGAGUGUAUUUCAUGUGGAAUAAACGUGAUUUCUGAUAAUAUAUAAUAAGUAGAAAAGCCUUAUAUGCAACGCACCCUAGCAUUCAUCAAUGUAACUAUUUAAGGGUGAACAACGACAACCAUAGCAUCACGCCAGUAUCCCCUAAGGGGUAGGCAGAGGUGUAUAGUAUGUACAGUCAUGAGCAAUAUCGUGUACCCACUUUAGAACCCUGUCGAACUAUCAUAGGUAUUUGACAUUUAAUGAGACUUACGGUAUAAUUUGUCAACAAAGUUAAUGUGACAUGGUUUCAAAGUGUAUACAUAUUAGUACUCGUGACCGUACAGCCACUCCUCGCUAGCUGUGUUUAAAUCCCGUAAAUGGCGACCAGGGGGGUUAAAAUGGCCACAUCGAAGCAAUUCAUUUAAGAAAGCAAUGUUGCAAUUUGACAUUUGCGCAUAUAAAAUUAAGUGCGCAAUGCAAACAAAUGUCAAAUAGCAAUAUUGCUUUCUUAGAUGAAUUGCUCCUAUGUGGCCAUUUUAACCCCCCUGAUGGCCAUUAACCGGUUACAAAUCCUGUUAACCACGUGAAUUUUAUCUAUGAUCCAAACAUGAAUACGAACUCACAAAGUCGAAUUGAGUGGUUUAGAAUCCAAGUCGGGAUUCAAAGCCGUGACGCUAAGACGUAAGACACGCGUUCUCCGAAUAAGGAAAGAAAGCAAGCAAAAAAUCUUCUUUCUUUCUUUUUGCUCCGAACAAGGCUAUCACGGAUAAAGUAAAAACUGUAAAAAGUAGAAAUUAUCUGGUUUAAAGUAUGUAAAUCCCGUAAAAAUCUUGAGUUAUGGUUUCCUGCGGGCCUAGCACAGUAAGCACGCGACUCUUUCUCGCCGCGACAGAGAUCGUCUGUCUCUUUCUGUGCGGUACUGUGAGAGAGUGACGGGUGACGUAUGUCGAGGCGAGAAAGAUUCGCGCGCUUACGGUGCUAAGCCCGCUGAGCAAUGUUAUCUGUAAUCGUUGGCCCUUGAAUAUGUUGAGAAUUUGAGACUAUUGAGAUUGAAUAUAAAAGAAACUUUUUUUUUACCUUUGAUGGGUUUGCUCUUGGCCCCAGACUUGCCCGAAGGCAUUGACGAGGCCUAAGAUGGAGCGAGCUCGCCCAGAAGAUGCCUGUUCGCUCUGGCCUUGAAACUUGAAACACCCGGCACCCUACUUAUUUAAAAAGGACUUUUCAAUCUGUGGUUGCGUUUAUUCCACUACCUCGCACUCGUGACUUCGUGAGCCGUAGGAAUAAUUUUAUAUGACAAUAAGUGUAGGAUGUAACCCCAAUUGGUUUGAGUCAAUUCUACUGAUAAACGUCUUGUUUUGGCCCUUGACAAAAUGUAUUACCCGACCAGCGUGAAGUGAAAACGAAAAAAACAGGUAUUAAAAUAUAUGUUUCUAUUUUUUAUUAACCGAAAAAAAAAUACUCCAGCUGGUUGGUUAACGCUACCUUAACAACCAGUGCUUAUCGUAUUAAAUAAUUUACGAUCUUAAUGAAAUGAAGCAAAAAAAAAAACAAGGGCUCCACCUCUGAAUAGUACUGACAGUUACUGCUGCCCUCUGUCAGGAAACAAAGUAUUCAUAUUCAGACCAAAUAAAUAAUAUUUUUUUAACGGGGAUAAUGCAUUUUGACAAAGACUAAAAACACUCUAAAUGUAAUAAUAUAAAAAUAAUCUAUCGUAAAAUGAUGACAUCUGUCCUUAGGUACGUAAUGAAAUGAUAUUCUAAAAGUUAGAAAAUGAAUAGAUGUGUAGUAAUUAGUCCAUUUCGACAUAUCGGUGCUUGUGUCGGGAAGAUAAAUUCCUAAUAAUUAUAAAUUAAUAUUGUAGAUAUACAUUAUUAACUGGAGGAAGUUUUAGUCGAGCUUAAAAAUACUUGGGAAAAAAGAUAAAAACUUUUCAUCGCAACUGUACGAUUCACAUUGUACAAUUAGUCAAAAAAGUCCUUUAGUUUUAAGGUUAACUGAAAUUUCUACCAGUGUAUAAAACGCACGAUUAUGUCGUAGUGAGAAAAAUAGGGUAGAUGAGAAAAAAUAGAGUUUAUUAGGCGAGCAUAAUUUAUGCAACGUAUAUUUUUUGUAUGCGCUACGAAAUUUCGACUGAAUCGAAUUUGAGUCAGGUGAGAUUUUUUAAAAUAUCAAAUAUAAUGCUUUAUUAAAAGGAAAAUAUCGACUUUGGAGACCUACAUAAUAUUAUUAGUUUUACAUUUAGUCAAAGUUUUCACUUUUAUACAAAAUCCUUUGAUAUUUUUUUAAUUAAUUAUUUUUAUUCCCGAAGUACAGUUUUUGAUAUUAUUUUAU